GGAAAGACAGACUUUGAGGGCGCGAACCCUAAAAUGAAGUUAUUUACACUUCCGGCUGACGUCGCCGUCGCAGAACUUGAAAAUCUUAAGGUCGCUGUUGACUCAUAGUCCAUUCGGGCUCAAGGACUAUUGCUAACUCGUUUACAGGUCAUACGAUGCCUUUUAUAUGUCAAAACUGUAAGUGACAACCCUCAUGACAUUUACAACAGCUUUUACGGGUAAAUAGAAGCUUGAUCAUCCUUGUAUCAACAUUAUCAAUGCAUGGUUAACGACCCGAACACCGUAUUCAUUCACGCAUUGACAAACAAGCAAUAAUUUUCAAGGUUUUAAAAGCAUACGCCUUUUAAAGAAAGUAAGCAUAAGCAAAACUAGAUCUAUGAAUUAAAGUUGUUGAAGUUGUUGGUUCUAAGGGCGUCUCCCACGAGUAUUUAUGAUACACUUGUCAUCCCACACGGCAUCGCAUGUCUGAGAUCACGACUUUAAAUUAAAUGGCUAUCAAUCUAUACAACAUCAGGAAUAGCCAUUAGCUAGCUAAGGAAGAAAGUCAGCAUCGACCUAAUUUUUUGCUACUCAAACUAAGGUUCAAAGAUGGGGGCUUUACUCUUAUUAUCCCUCACUAUCCUGAUUACUAGAGCUCAUUCAAACCCAUGGAUUUUCCAAGAGAUCAAACCACUGACCGAAGCCGACGCGGUUAAAAAGUCCACUAUCCCGGAUGCACCAGUCAAAGAUGCCGACCCAGCAACACCUACCAUACAUAUCAAACAGGACAUCAGAGAUGACAUUCUAGGAAAGAACAAAAGUAGCACAAAGUUCAAAGAAGGGGUAAAAAAGCUGCUGGAUUUUUUAGAGGCAGGGCCGGAAGCGGUCGGAGAUGCUCCCGACAAAGAGACCACUUCGCCAUCAGUACUUAACAGUCAUGAAGAUGCUGCUAAAAACAAUAGCAAAAAUGAUAAUCAACUUUUAAAACAAAAUAAUCAGUCGUUGUCGUACAAGCAAGAAAAGCAGUCAGGAAGCAGCCAAAUGAAUGGAGUGAAUUCGAAAGAUCUUAACAGCUUUGCUACUGGCGGUAAUUUAGACAACCAUGAGAAAGAGGCGAAUUCGAAUUUCGUGAACCAACAAAGGGAGCCACCAGCUAUUCCAAUGAGAAGUGAAAUAAAUGGUAAUGGAGUAGUUCCUAUUCAAGCACCAGAAUCUCUGGACAAACAUCUUAACAGCGUUGCUGCUGGCGACCAUUUAAGUUCGUUCAAUAAAGACAGCCAUGAUGACAAACCUCUUAAAGAAUCGAAUUUUGUGACCCAACAGAAAGAACCGCCGGCCAUAGCAAUGAGAAGUAAAAUUAAUGGCAAUGGAAUGCUUCCUAUUCACGCGACUAUGUCUCUGUUACGUGAUGGGAUAGCAGACAAAGAUCCUUCUGUACUUGUCACAGCACCUCGGAUGGGUAGUAAUUUGGUAGCAAAGAGUCAAAUACCGUAUACAACAACGCCAUAUCAAUCGACGCAGCUACUUCAAAACAACGCCAUCGUAAGAAGUAGGAAUCCCACUCCUGCUAAUUUACAACAUCUGAAGUAUAAUCCCUACUCAGCGCUAUAUCAACGAUCGUCAUUUCCUCAUUACUAUGGCAACUAUGGAUUGACACAUCCAAAUACCAUGGCAACGCCAGCCUACAGAUAUCCUUAUAAUCAAAGGAGGAUGUUACCACUUAAGGCUAACAGCUUUAAUACAGCUUUAAGAUCCAAUGCUAGACUUCCAUUUUAUAGGACUGCAACACCAGCUUACAAUCCACAAUUACAAUUACAUUAUGCCAAAACUUUUGUCCCUCGGCGGCGUCUGGCAAUGAUUCCUCAAAGGGCUUCAAUGUCAUCAUUCCUUUCUAGAAGAUCCAACAUUCCAACCUUCCGAAAUUUUCAAAUCUCACAUCCUUAUCAUGUAAACCCAGUAUUACCAAAGUGGAAUCUAUUGGGAAGAAACACCAUUUUUCAACCAGCUUCAAGACCAAGAGGUUUGAAGUAUCGACGCUUGGCUGUCAGUGAUCGAGGACACUCCUACAAUGGACUGUCGUCGCCGCGAGACAAAGUAACGCAAAAAACCCCAUUGCCACUACCUUUAGCCUCAAUAAUGACAGCGGCACGAAUCGUUGUACCGGCGCAACCACAUACCCUGAAUGGAGCUUUUAAGUCAAACGUGGAAACACUGCCGUCCGGAGACCCCGGCGAAGAAAAAGUUGCUCGUGCAGUCUGAGAAUAAAGAACACGACCUAAUCACCGACUCCUGCUUUUGGAAAACAAUUGCAGGAUACCUGUGGCAACAAAAUUAGGAAAUACUCAAUAUGGUGGAUUAUUUGGGUUAAAGUGCACAUGAACCCUUCGACAAUACUUUCAGUACUGAUU